GUUGUAACACAGCCUUUCAUUUUACAGUCCCAAUUGUAUAGCAGCGUGAACGACAGGACACAAGUUGAUAGAGAUUUGGAGUCACUGAAGAAAGACAGAGUACUCCGUGUAUUCAAACUCAAUACUGGGCAGGAUGACUAUGCAAUCAUGUUCAUGGAUGAUUAUCUGAAACAGAUGGAAUCUGCUGUCAGGGGGUCAACGGGCAAAAACCAAGAUGGUAGUGAAGUGUUUGAGUGGUUUGAGAAAUAUGUUCUGCAUUCGAAAUUGGAUGUUAGCAUACAUCACCUAGAGAUGUGUUCACUGCUAUCACAUGGGGGUGAUGCAAGAGAUAAACACAUCACGCUAUUGAUGAAUGCUGGUCUCCUGACACGUCAACUAAUAGAUCCAAAUAUGUACUGGUUUUCUAUUCCAAGUAUUGGUCCUAUCUUGAAAGGCCUAUCCCAGGGGAGGAAGGAAGUUCUUUCAUUACUGAACCGUCGGAAGUACAAGGAGAUGCUACUAUCUUCACUGGAGAAGACGAGGUUGAGGUUAUCACCUCUCGACGUGCGGUUCCACCUCCGCGAUCUGAUUGGGUCUGGUCACAUAAAGACGGUUCAAACACCCACCGGCUUACUUGCUCGCGUGUCAACAGAUUGAUAGACACACCUUUGGAUCGAUUUUUUUAGC